AUGUCUGAGAAGGAGUUAGAACAUGAGGCUGUUGAGUUGGCGCCUCAAGCUAACCCUGAUAAACAUGAAGAGGUUGAGGUCAGGAUCGUCAGGGGGAAUGAGGCCUUCAACAAAGCAAUGCUCAAGGAGCCCCCCAAACCCUUCACCUUCCGAACAUCUCAGCUCUAUAUUGCUUGUUUAAUCGGGUUUCUUUGUGCAACUAUGAAUGGUUAUGAUGGAUCUCUAAUAAAUAACCUCCUCGAAAACAAGUGGUUCCUGUCCUACUACCAUGGACGAAACGCUGGAACUUGGGCUGGCAUCGUGACUUCCAUGUACCAGAUUGGCAGUGUCGUUGCUCUGCCCUUUGUUGGACCAGCGGCCGAUACCUAUGGACGACGAUUCGGAAUGUGGAUUGGAUGUCUCUGUGUCAUUCUCGGAACAAUCAUUCAGGGUGUGGCUACGAGUAGUCAAGGUGUUAAGCAAUUCAUGGGUGGUCGAUUCUUGCUUGGAUUUGGGGUCAAUAUUACAUCAGCUGCUGGACCUAUGUAUGUUGUCGAAGUCUCUCACCCCGCUUACCGCGGUAUUGUGACUGCCAUCUUCAACUGCUUUUGGUUCACUGGAUCGAUCGUCGCAUCAGGUGUGGCCCGUGGGGGUCUCAAUGAGGGAGGUAACUUAUCAUGGAGACUUAUCAUUUGGGUCCAGCUCAUGUUCUCAUGUAUCAUUUUCAUAUCCGCAUGGUUUCUUCCGGAAUCCCCAAGAUGGCUUUACGUCAACAACAAACAGGAAGCGUCCAAGGCUAUGCUUACCAAGUUCCAUGGAGACGGUAACCCGGAUAGCGAAUGGGUCAAGCUUCAGCUAAACGAGUACGAGGAAUUAUUGGAGAUGGAUGGCGCCGAUAAGAGAUGGUGGGACUAUAGGGCGCUCUUCAGAAGCAGAGCUACCUGCUAUCGGCUUUUCUGCAAUGUUUCUGUCACAAUCUUUGGCCAGUGGGCUGGUAAUGCUGUCUUGUCGUACUUCAUGGGUAAGGUCCUGACGACGAUUGGCAUCAGUAGUAAUAUCGGACAAGCGAACAUCACUUUAAUCAACAACUGUCAGCAAUUCUGUUGGGCGCUGCUGGGAGCUAACUUGGUGGAUCGUAUUGGUAGACGGCCCCUUCUUCUCUUCUCCAAUAUCGGCUGCUGUGUUGUCUGGCUCGCCAUGACAGUAUCAACUGCGUUAUACCAAGAGUCCAUCCCGUCACCCGGUGUCCCUGGGACUAACAAAGCUGCUGGUAUCGCAUCUCUCGCAUUCAUUUUUAUCUUUGGUGCUGUCUUCUCUGUAGGCUUCACUCCCCUCCAGGCUCUAUAUCCCGUGGAAGUUCUCUCGUUCGAGAUGCGUGCAAAGGGAAUGGGCUUCUCGGGCUUCGCUGUCGCUGCUGCUGGUCUCCUAAACCAAUUCGCCUGGCCCAUAUCCUUGGACAAGAUCGGAUGGCGCACAUAUAUAAUCUUUACAAUCUGGUGUGGGAUCCAAGCUGCUACUAUCUACUUCUUUAUUCCAGAGACCAAGAACCGCACGCUCGAGGAACUCGAUGAGAUCUUCAACUCCAGGAACCCAGUCAAGACAUCAAUCGCCAAGAAGAGACUUGGUUUCGAUGAGCACGGCGAGGUGGUCAAUAUCCAGGAUGCAUAAAGUGAUUAACCUUUCCUUGUGCGAAAGUGGCGAGGGGAAAGGG